UCUUUGCUUCUAAAACUUUAUCAUCCUUUUUGCCCUUCUACGGAUCAUACCUCGUUUAACAACGAUCGUUGAAUCCCAAGGUUAAACAUGCCUGAUCUUCGUCGUCAGGUCUUUGAGAGUGGUAAAACUAUCUCUCGGAAAGCAGCUUCGCGUGAAGGUUCUCGCCGGACUUCACGCACAAACUCUGCUCAAAAUUCCCACCAGUCUUCUCGAAAUGCAAGCAGGCAUCCGUCCGACGAGGAAGACGCUGGGAAUCUCAGUGAUGACACCGCUUUGAGCAUUGGCUCGCUGGACGAUUUGACCGAUAACCCUGAGGUUGACAACAACAAUUGGGCCCAAGAACUUGGCGAUGUCAUCCAAGAUAUCUUGAUCGCAAGCUGUCACUAUGUCGAGGAACGCAUUCGAAGCAGCGUCAACGACCUUUUGGGCGCCUUUUGCCGGAGUGUCAAAUUUGAAUCUAGUGUGCGUGAGACUACCUUGGCUUUGCGAGCGCUUGAGCUCCUUGUCAUCACCGCGGUCGACAACGGCAUCUAUGAAAAUGUGGAACCUAUACUCACUCGUGCUAUUCGAGACUCGACAUCCAAUCUUGUAAAGACUGCCGCCAUUCAUUGUCUAGGCGCAUGCACUAUUUUCGGGGGUGCAGGAGAGGAUGGAAUUCUUGACCAGAUGACGUUCUUCCUAGACAUUGCAGCUUCUGAUGGGCAGUCAAUCGAUGCUACCGACGACCCGAGUAGUGUCACCGCGGCUCUUCAGGAAUGGGGUGUUCUGGCAGUCGAAAUAGAAGACCUCGAAGGUGAAAGCGAAGAUGCAAUUCAAAUCUUCAUGGACCAGUUAAACAGCAGUGAGUCACCUGUCCAAAUCGCAGCAGGUGAAAACAUCGCAUUACUGUACGAGAAGAGCUACACCCCCCAAGAGGAUGACGAUGACGAGGAUAGCGAGCCCGAGUCAGACGGUGAAUCUCUAGACGACCGACAGGGGCCUAAAUUGAUUAAGCGCUACGAAGCCUACCACAAUACUCACGAGCUUGAGCAGCAACUCCAGUCACUGGCCACGGUACAUAACAAACGCAUCAGCAAGAAGGAUAAAAAGAACCUACACAGCAACUUUGUCUCGAUUUUGACCACAGUUGAGGAUCCGCGUCGCGGUCCGAUGUACAACACAGCCAUCGAUCAAGACACCAAUCGACAUUACGGUAGCAAGCUGACUGUGAAGGUCGGCCGACAGGGUGUGAUGAACAUCGACCGGUGGUGGAAAUGGAUUCGGCUGAAUUCACUCCGACGGAUACUCCAGGGCGGAUUUGCGGUGCAUUACUAUCAGGCAACCGAGCCGUCAAAGAAGACUGCGAAGUCGCGGAAUAGUCGACGGUGGGCUGUCCAUGAGCAGUCGGAUGAGGAUUAUUAG